AUGGCGGGACGACGAGCUCUUGUUCGGCACGUUCUGCGUGCCAUUGCAGUUAUGAAGCAGUGCUCCCGAUCGACAUCGCGGCCUGCGGUGUCUCGCAAACAGGUUCGUGCAUGGCUAGAUGUUACUGCGGGUUGCUCAGGCUCACUGGCGACACAUCAGGUUGUCGAGACGCUCUGCGCUGCGUUGGGCGCAGUGCUUCGCGCGCGCAAGGAUCCUAAAGAGACUGUCUAUCGUCGCCAUCGCUGCCGAAGCGACAGACGCUACCCCGUCUGGCACAAAACUAGGCUGCGUGAAGCUUCCAGGCAAGGUGGGCGGACCGGAAACGGUGCGAGGCGCUCUCACAAGCUCGUCCAACUCAAGGGCAGCCGCCCGCGUAGGCAAGAGAGUACACCCUACGUAGCCGAUGCAUCGCCCGCGCUCGUCGUGGGCGGGAGCGCUAGCCAGCCCUCGCGGACCAGCGAAGGGCGUAAGCGUAGUCUGGCGACGUUCUUGGCUGCCAUCCUGGCGGCGUUUGUGGGCAGUCGAGUAUAG